CUGAGUGGGCUGUGGACAGAGCCCCUAUUGUUCCCAGCCCACUCCUGCCUAAUAUGGAAUUCGCAGGGAAACCAAUGAUUUCCUGACACUGACGAUGCGUGGCCGCGCAGGGGCGAGUGCAAAACGCUGUUUAGAGUACCGAGGGAUUAAACCGUGGCCGCAGAAACAGAAAAAUGUAAAACAACGGGAUGCAAGUUGUAGGAGUUAUCGCAAGUUUCCAUAAAAGCGCUGUCGAUGGCGUCAGGUUGUUUUGGGAGCGAGAGCUAACGCGUGGGUCACCUACUUGACGGAUUUGGCUGCGCACGGUUCGACACAGUACAUAAAUCGCGUUUUACGUACGAUUACGGGCAAAACUAUCGAGAUUUUUGUCGACCAGGAGGUUUGGUACCCGUGGUGAAUAUAGUUUCAGGACUUAUCAUGCCUACUCUCGGCACAAAAAGUAGGCGGAAUGCGGUGGAGAUGGUUGAGGAUCGCAGCGAUACUGAGGAUAUUGCGGCCAAGAAGAUGUUGAAAUGCGUCGUGGUUGGUGACGGGGCGGUGGGGAAAACCUGUUUGCUGAUGAGUUACGCAAAUGAUGCUUUUCCAGAGGAAUAUGUACCGACUGUAUUCGAUCAUUAUGCGGUAAAUGUUAUGGUAUCUGGGAGACAGCACUUGCUUGGAUUGUACGAUACUGCUGGACAGGAGGAUUACAACCAGCUGCGGCCCCUUUCCUACCCCAACACUGAUGUCUUUCUCAUCUGCUUCUCCGUCGUGAAUCCGGCUUCCUAUCACAACGUGCAGGAGGAAUGGGUACCUGAGCUGAAAUCCUGCAUGCCUCACGUACCCUACAUCCUCAUCGGAACACAGAUUGACUUGCGUGAUGACCCAAAGACACUGGCCCGACUGCUUCAGAUGAAGGAGAAGCCACUAAGCUAUGAGCAGGGCCUUAAGCUGGCCAAAGAGAUUGGAGCCCAGUGCUAUCUUGAGUGCUCAGCAUUGACUCAGAAAGGACUAAAGACAGUUUUUGAUGAGGCCAUUUUGACUAUCUUCAGCCCCAAGAAACAGAAAAGGGGCUGCAGAGCCUGUUGGAGUUGCUGUGCUAUCGUGUGAGGACGGACAUCUCCAACUGUGAACGCCCACGCCUCCUAUAAAGCUUUGUCUACACCACAGACCCAAGCAUCCAAAACCGCCUCCAGUCUGAUGCACAUCCUUCCUAUCUCCAUCGGCUUGUUGUCUCUCAAGACAAUGAGAGGUCUUGCCCUCAGUACAUGUGUCUAACAGAGAGCUUCUCUCACAAUUGUUGAAGUUACUGACAAUAGAAGUGCCUUAAUCCGCAUCCAGCGUGCACACUCUUCUCAAACCAAAGAUUUCUCACUUACUGCUAGUCACUGACGUGCAGCGACGUCUUCAAUCUCCAAUCAAAAAAGAAAGUGGCAGAUACUUCUCUGGGCCAUUGGAUUUUUUUAACAGACUACAUUAUAUGGUUUCGCAAGGCUUAUAAAAAAUGAAAAUCCAUUCCUUCGUAAAGACGGCUUCUCUCAGUCACCUCAAAUCAAUACUGCGCUCUUUCUGCAGUCGAUGCUUCAGCAGUUUGAGCUAGUUAAUAAGGGAAAUUCUCUGGAGGCUUGCCAACUCAUCAAUAAAGAGAGAGAUGUUACAGAGACCAGAUAGAAAGAGAGAGAGAGAGAAGUGUCUUUACCAUGAUUUAUUAGUCUUGCGGGUCAAAAUUAGCAUACCCCAUGUUAACACUUCCAAUAAACAGCUACAUAACUACACAUCUAGAAACAACAAUCAAAUACUCUACACUAAAGCCCUAUUCGCACGGGAUUAGUAUUAGUGAUUUGUAAUAAUUGCGGAGCUUGUCUGUGAUCUUAAUCCUGGCCAUGUCUGUAAUUUGUAAAGUAAUUCCCCUGCAAAUGAAUGAACAUAUUUCGCAGAACAAAGAGGUCCUGUGAAAAUAUUACUCCCUUGCAAAUCGGCAUCUCUGUAAUUUGGCCAGGAUUUGGCAGGGCUGUGUAUAUAUCAUUUUUCAAGGCUUUUGUUACCUGUGCGCCUUUUUUCCAUUUUCCCUGUUUCUGUACCUUUCGUGCUGCAACAUAUACAGAGACACAUUCCUCCACUUAUAUGGCUUUCCUUGUGAAACUUGAGGGAUUUGUUAUAUAUUUCUGAUUUUAAAUGUCUAAUCAGUCUCUCCUCUUCCACGUUUGAUGAUUAAUAUUUAGAAUGUGCAGAACAGGGGAUUAUCACGCUUCUGGGUUUCGUGGGCAGGACUUGUCAACUUUGUGCAUGUCCACUUCCAGCGCAGUUAAGUUACUUUUACUUUGUUACAUUUUUCAACAAAUUAUCUGUACUUUUACUUUACUACAUUUCUACAACACCAUCAUUCCUUUACGUACCUUUCGCAACAACUUUUCUGUUUAAUCUGGACCCGCAGAACUGGCAUUACGAUCCACCGGAAGUGGACGUGCACGAAGAUCGCUGAAAGCGGAAGUACUACGUAUCAGCUUGAUAAUCCCUUACUGUCAUUAUUUGAGAUUUCCGAGUUAAGGUGGAACUGUCAGCCACGAUAUCGCAGAACCGUUUCUAAAAUAGAAUCCACUGACAUUUGACAAUCAAGGUAAAGGUACCUUUUACCAUGUGUAGCUGCAUGUAUAGGACAAGGUGUUACACAAAGCCUCAACAUCAUAACCAAUAAGUCGGUAAAAGUAAGUAAAAUCACAGGCUUUGCUUAUCCCGUGCGACACGAAACUCGUAGGGGGGUAAUGUCUAAUGUUGCGUUUACACCAGCCGCAGUGGAGGCGGCAAAAACGCGCUAUUUGCGCGUAGUUGGACGCUUAAACUUUUGAGUUUUCUUGCUCCAUUCAUGCAUGAAAUUCUAGUCAUUCGAGACAUUCACGCGGAAAUCCGCGUCAUGGGAGAGGCUUCUGCGACUCUGCUGAGACUCCGCUUGCUUCCUGUAAUCACGUCACUACUACAGCCAGGUCCUGAUUGGUUUACGCGGCGCGGAAAUCCGCCGAAGUUCCGAUUUUCCAACUCGCGCGUUUCCCAAUUGCGUUCCGCGCAAUUCAUGCUGCAGGAGGAUGCCUAAUCGCGUCUUUGAAUUGACUUAACAUGUAAAUCACCCGCGCUUGCCGCCUCUACCGCGGCUGGUGUAAACGCAGCAUAAAUCACACGAGGUCCCCAUAUAGUACUAAUCCUGUGCGAAUAGUACUUAAUACUGAAAAAAAAAAUAAGUGACAAAUAUGUGCGUACUGUGCCACAUGAAAUAUUUGGGUUUCUUUGGGUUUUCAAUAAUGCAAGGCCCUGAAGGAAAUCACUUGACACACAAUUUUCUGUCCCCGUAUUUGAAGUGUUGCCAUCUUGAAGAGCUGAUUAUGGAUUAUAAACUAUGAUUUGCUACUUGCUAGUAGGUUUCAGGGAAAGACAUCAUCUCAUUUUAUUGAGCAUUUGAUUGAAGAUAAAUCUGUGUAGUGCAACCUGUCAUCAAUGUCUUAAGCCCAAUUUAUACUUCUGCGCCAAGUGUCUAUGUAUAAACGCUUACUCUAUGCCAUAGGCUGAAAUACAUCCACAAAAAUGUAAAAAUACAUCGAUUCUAUGCGGAUCUGUGCAAGCACUGUGAUUGGUUGAUUCGAUUUUUCGAUAGGUGCGUGUCAGGCAUGCAUAUAUGUGUAGCAGUGGCUGGCUGUGACUUUUCUUUUGGGAGGCACGAAUGCAAAACUCGUCAAAACAUGUAUGUUGCUCGUUGUGUGUGUGGCUUGUCAUGUCAAAAUAUGUGUUCGCUGCGCAUCACGCAUUAUGUAAAAAAGUGCCUGCUGCAGACACGUCGAAGGGGUUUAUGAUAUAAGAGAUGCUUGUGUUUGCUAGAUACUCGCUUAAUCUCACGUGUAAUUAGUUUUGUGUUACAGGUACACUUUUUUUGAAAAUAUGCUAAUUUUUCAGCUCCUCUAGAGUUAAACAUUUGAUUUUUACCAUUGUGGAAUCCAUUCAGCUGAUCUCCGGGUCUGGCGCUAUCACUUUUAGCAUUGCUUAGCAUAAUCCACUGAAUCAGAUUAGACCAUUAGCAUCGUGCUAAAAAAUAACCAAAGAGUUUUGAUAUUUUUUCCUAUUUAAAACUCUUCUGUAGUUACAUCGUGUACUAAGACAGACGGAAAAUUAAAAGUUGCGAUUUUCUAAGCCGAUGUGGCUAGAAACUAUACUCUCAUUCUGGUGUAAUAAUCAAGGACUUUGCUGCUGUAACAUGGCUUUGAGUCAGAAACGGAGAUGGCAGGCCAGAGCUUGACAUUUUUGCGAUCAUAAAAACUCCUGCAAGGCCUGAAAGAUAUUAAGCCUCAGCCAAGUAAGAAAAAGUAACGCAAAAGUAACUUAAAAGUAACGUAAGCAUUACUUUCCAUGAAAAGUAAAUAAGUAACGCAAUUAGUUACUUUUUGGGGGAGUAACUUAAUAUUGUAAUGCAUUACUUACUAAAAGUAACUUUCCCCAACACUGCUAGCCACACGCAUGACACGCCGAACACAUAUUUUGCAUUCCUGCCUCCUUGAAGGAAGUCACUACACGCCACUGAUGCAUAGGCUACUGGCUACGUCAUACACUCGAUGCAGAAGUAUAAAUUGGACUAUUUUCUCAGGAGAUAAAGUAAAUUUUAAAUGCUAAAGUACAAGGAAUACUGUACACUAGCAUACAGAUGUCAAAGCUGACAAACCCCCAUUUUUAGUCACUUAUUUGAAAGCCAUUAGAUCAUUAUCUUUGAAGAACAAAGGUGUACAAAUGAUUGUGCCAUAAUUGUAAUAUUUAUCUUCUGAACAUUUACAUUUUACAGCCUGCAUUUUAUGGUAAUGUCUUCUGAAAUGCAUCUGCCUACGCACAUUUUUAAAUAAUGCUCUCAUUUCCUACUUUUAAGAAUAAGCCAGCUCUGCUUACCAAAAAAAAAAACCACCCAUAUUGUUCAUUAUUUCAGCUGAAGUAGUCAUGGGUUUACAGAGCACUAGCCCUAUACACUGUCUAACUGUUCUGUUUUGCCUCUAGCUAAAGCCACCCCCAUGUUAUCCCCUUUUAAGAACACGAAUGGCUUUGUUCUGCAGGCUUGCUGGCCCGUUGUGAUCCUUCACUCUAACAAGUCCUUUACUUUGCAAGUAUCUUGUUAUGCCCUAACUGUGUGCUCAUUUUUUUUACAUGUUCACUGGUUCCCUACUGUAUUUUUAUACAACGUGCCAAACGGUAUGGACAUUAUGUGAAGCCUUUACCGUUUUGUUUUAGACAUUGUAGAGUGACAGGACAGUUUGUAAUAACUGAUUGUACUUUCUCAGGUUGUGCUUUGUGCAGCAACAGGUGAAGAUCUGAGGAGCUUUUAGGGUAAUAACCAUCUGCCAAAGAACUUUUGCCAAAUAUUUUGCUGGUCGCCACAUUAUCACAUUCACCAACGUUCAGUGAGAUGUUCUCAGGUGACCUCAACAAUGGACACCAGGACUGGUACCUGAUUUUCAUGUUAGUUCCUUAGUUAGACCUCAGGGACUUAAUUUUAUAGCACACUAGGGUGCUAGUGACCUUCCUUUGAGUGAGGAAUUAAACCUGCUCUAUGGAGAGAACGGAUGAGCCUUCGUUCACUUGCCUUGGAUGUAGCAUAGAGUUUGUUUCUUCACUUAGUUUAAAGUGCACUUAUUGACACUGUGCCUUGCAUUGUCCUAUGCAAUUGUUUAUAUACUGUAAUCCCAAAUAGAAGAUCAGUGUUUGGCCACUGGUCACAUGAACUGUAACUUGAACUGAACUGUAAAUGUAUUUAAGAUUUUGAGUAUUAGUUUUUCUUUCAAUUUCAGUUGGUUUAUAUGCUGCAGAAAUGUGACAGCUUUCUGUGCCAAACCUAAAAUUUUGUGUAAAUGUAUAUCCAGGGUGAUUAAAGCUUGUGAUCAAAUUUAAA